AUGCACUUAGAGAUCUUCUAUGCUGAAGAUGACUUACCUCCAGUACCCGAACCAAGUGCUUCAGUCUCGCAAAUUUCUGCAUCAGUGGCUAACCUUUCCAGAUCUGACUGCUCGAAAAAACGUUCGCUCAGGCGUAAUUCAACCAUCGAAGAAACAUCACAGAGAGAAAACGAGCUCGCAAUAUCUUUGGAGGGCAGACAAACUGGCCUUCAAGUCUUUGAAUCCAUACUCUGGGUAUUUCUCGUUGGAUCUACGGAUUUGGGAAACCCCUUGGUUUCUUUGUCUUUGUACAAGACCAGAGGAUUCCGCGCACCUCAAAACUAUUACAUAGCGUGCCUCGCCGCCACAGACUUGCUGUUCGCCGUUUUGUGUAUGACGUUAUCCCUUGGAUCACUAAUAAAAGGCCUGUGGAUUUUCCGUGAUGCCUUGUGCCAAGCUCAAGGCAGUCUUAUAUAUAUCUACGCUCUCGUUUCUCUAUUCACAAUGGCUCUCAUCGCCAUCAACCGGUUUUUCAAGAUAACAAAGUCUGUAGCCAUUUAUCGGAGAAUUUAUACCAAGAGGAACAUUUUGCUCUCAAUUCUUGUGGCUUGGAUUUUCGCAAUUGCUUUGGCGACGGCCGUGUUUUCAUUUGGAACUCAACCGUUUCGCUUUCAUACUGGAAAGAAUCUCUGCUUUCUAGACAUGAGCCACCACAAGGGCAUCCCUCUGUACACACUCGGGGCUUAUGGUGUGGUUUGCGUUGUAAUAUUUCCGUCGAUGCUAUUCUGCUACUUCAAAGCUUACUGGAGGGUUCGGGCACAUUUUGCCGAGAUUUUGAACUCGAGACUUGCUCGAAAUGCUUCGGGAUCUUUUGCGGACGAGGCGAGGAUUACUCGGAUGUUGUUCGUUACCCUUAUUGCGUUCCUUGUUUGUUGGACACCAGCUGUGUGCACGGAUGUUUAUGAAGCACUGUGGGGCCAGUAUUCGCUUCCACGUCAAUUGUACUUUUGGCAACUGGUGCUGCUAGUGAGCAACAGUGCUGUUAAUCCAGUCAUUUAUGGACUUAUGCGACGGGAG